AAGGGCUACAACAACCAACCCAGUAGAAUAUCAUAGAUGGCGUCUGGGGUGGGUGUACGUAGAUCUUACCCCUGCCUAGAAAAGUUGGUGAACACAGGGAAGGAAAGGGCUAAAGUCAGCCUCCUUUUUACAUGGGCAAACUCAAUUGGUGGUGCGUCACACCUGUCAGGAGAUCACAUUAAUGAACCAUUUUUAGGUGAAGAUGGAGUCUCUGGUGUACUUCUACAUCACAAGACCGCGAAAGAUAAUCCUCCUGUCACAUUUGCAAUUGCUGCAUGUGAGACUCAAAAUGUGAGCAUCUCGGUGCUACCAUGUUUUGGUUUAACUGAAGGAAGUUGCAUUACAGCUAAAGAUAUGUGGGGUAAAAUGGAACAGGAUGGGCAUUUUGAUCGAGAGAACUUCAGCAAGGGCCUAAGUAUGCCAUCGUCACCUGGCGAGACUCAUUGUGCAGCAGUUUCUGCUUCUACCUGGGUUGAACCCCACGGGAAAUGCACUGUUGCAUUUGCUUUAGCAUGGUCAUCUCCUCAAGUAAAAUUCAUGAAGGGAAAAUCGUAUUUUAGGAGGUAUACGAAGUACUAUGGCACCUCUGAGAAGGCUGCUAAAGAUAUAGUGCAUGAUACAUUGACAAGUUAGUAGAGCAUGUCCCGCCUAAAUUAGUUUAGUUUGUAAUAAAUGUACUAUAAAUUGAAGAGUACAACUACAUGUUCUGUUUGGUGAGCGAAAUAGUAUAGUACAACUAUAGGUCCUGUUUGGUGAGGGAAAUAGUGUUGGAAUGAAAUGAGUUUUGAUCUCUGGAAGGAAUGGAAUUGGCUUUGAAAUCUGGAACAAAACUGUUUGGUGAAAAACUGAAAAGGAAUAAAAUGAAACACGAUUAUUUGGUAAAGACUUGGAAUGUGUUAUCUCUAGAACAUGAUUGUUUGGCCCACCACCAUAGCCGGCAGCGUCAGAGCCAACAAUUCAGUGGUGGUGGGGUGGCAAUGCACUUGUGGUGCUGGUUGGCCGAUGAAGAAGAAGGUGAUGGUGGACAGGUGAUUGGC